GAUGAGGAUACAUCCAGUGGUAACAAAUACAACAGAAUGGAUGAGGACAACGUGCAGGACAAGGAGCGGUUCGCAAGUAGGGAAAAUCAUUGCGAGAUCGAGCGGCGGAGGCGAAACAAAAUGACUGCCUACAUCACGGAGCUGUCGGACAUGGUGCCGACGUGCAGUGCCCUCGCCCGGAAACCUGACAAGCUGACGAUCCUGCGGAUGGCCGUGGCGCAUAUGAAGGCAUUAAGAGGAACCGGCAAUACCAACACGGAUGGGUCGUACAAACCAUCGUUUCUAACCGAUCAGGAACUGAAGCACCUGAUACUGGAAGCCGCAGAUGGAUUUCUGUUUGUGGCGGGCUGUGAUACGGGACGCAUCAUCUACGUGUCCGACUCGGUGACACCGGUGCUGAACUACUCCCAGAACGAAUGGUACAGCGGGAGCCUGUUCGACCACAUCCACCCGGACGACAUCGAGAAGGUGCGCGAACAGCUGUCCACCCAGGAGCCGGCCAACAGCGGGCGGAUACUGGACCUCAAGACCGGCACAGUCAAAAAGGAAGGCCAUCAAUCGUCGAUGAGAUUAUGUAUGGGCUCGAGACGGGGGUUCAUCUGCCGGAUGCGCAUCGGCCCGCUGACGCCGGAGUCGAUGGCGCUCGGGCACCUGAAUCGGUUGCGACGGAAAAACUCACUCGGACCCUCGAUCGACGGCCACAGUUACGCGGUGAUGCACUGUACGGGCUACAUCAAGAACUGGCCACCGACCGAUAUGUUUCCAGGGGUCACGAUCGACCGGGGGCAGGACGACGAGCUGCACAACACGCACUGCUGCCUGGUGGCGAUCGCCCGGCUGCAGAUCACCUCCUCGACCACGGCGAACGAUCUGAGCUCAAACAACCCGAACGAGUUCAUCUCGCGCCACGCGAUGUGCGGCAAGUUUACGUUCGUCGAUCAGCGCGUGAUCGGCGUGCUCGGGUACCAGCCGGUCGAUCUGCUCAACAAGAGCUGCUACGACUUCUUCCACCCGGACGACAUUGCUCACAUGAAGGAGAACUUCGAUCAAGUCGUGAAGCAGAAGGGUCAAAUGUUUUCCGUGAUGUACCGGUUCCGGGCGAAGAACAAGGAGUGGGUGUGGAUGAGAACGCAGGCGUACGCCUUCCUCAACCCGUACACCGACGACAUCGAGUACGUCGUGUGUACGAACAGCUCGGCAAAGGCGCUCCACUCGACGCACGACACGGUGACGGCAGCGGACCAGAAUGACACACCCGUCGCUUAUCCGGCACCCGGCCUGGACUACACGCUGCCGGGCCGAAGGGAACCGUCCGGUGGCGGGGCCACGAGCAAUAUCUACAAUCCUCACAAUCUGAUUUCACACUUGCCAUCGCAACCGCAGUCGGCCGGCCAGGGCGCGACGGCGGCCGCCGCUAGCAGUAUUCAACGUCCGGACAGCGCCCACAACGCGACCGUGCAAUAUAGCUACAAUCCUACACCAUCGCCAAUACAGUACGGUUCGCCGGGAACGCCAAGUGGCGGAGCGGCCGGUGCGUUAGGGCACCUUCCGAAAGCUAACAAUACCUCGCCAACGCCCGCAGCAACCGCGUGGACCUUGCGGCAGCCACAACCCGUCACCGAAGGUUACCAGUACAGUGAACUAAGUCCGAACCGAUCGCCGACCGGUCCCACGUAUACUCAGCUAAACGCGUCCGGCUCACGCCAGACGUCCACCUUCACUCCGUCAUCGCAAGCCGGACCUGGUAUCUGGAGCGGUUGGCAAUCGCAACACCACGGAACGGGUCCGGAACCGAUGCAGACCGGGGGUAACGGUGGGACGACUAAUGGUCCCGGGGCUCCCCACACGGCCGUUGGCCACGGGAGUCUGACGCAGGAAAUGUCCACCGACCAUGCACAGCACCUGCAGCAGCAACAUCCGGCCCUCCACGGGACCGCCGGCCAGAGUGGGGGAGGUGGCGGCGGUGGCGGUGGCGGUGCAGGAGGCGGAACGGGUGGGCCGCAUCAUGUGACCGCGCACCCGCAGCACCCGCACGCACACCAUCCGGUCCAGCAUCCGCACCAUCCGCACCAUCACCCGCAUCACCAUCACGCGGGCCAGAUACACCCGGGCCACCAUCCGGUGGUUGGGCAGCAUCCGGGCCAGGGGCACGAGCUAACGGACAUGUUGCAGAUGCUCGACCAGAGUGGGACCACCUCUUUCGAGGAUCUGAACAUUCACAUGUUCAACACGCCGUUCGAAUGAAACUUACUGUACUACGGCGGUUACAACAACUAUGGCCCCGCCACGACCGGCGCCGGCGGAC